AACACCAAAUCUAUCAUUAAAUAAACAAUGUAUUUUAUUUUGAUCAAAAAGAAACAAUGUAUAGACAUUCUUUAGAAAAUUAGUGGGAGAAAACAAAAACUUGUCAUAAAAUCUAAGUAAAAUGAAAAUAAAAGUACAGAACAAAAGAGAAUCAAACCUGACCCUUAAGUGACCAAUCAGAAUCGACCGCGCCUAGUCUUUCCUGAUUUUCCACACCUUAUCUCUCUCUCUCUCUCACUCUUCUCUAAACUAUCCAACUUCAUUCUCCAUCUUCCUGGCGUCUCUCCUCUCUCUCUUACUCCAUCAAUGGCCACCACAAACUCUCUCCACCACCACCACCACUCUUCUUACCAACACCACCGCCACAAUCUCCACUACCAAUCUCACUUGACACCAACUUCUCUCUCACUCAAACACCCCACUUCCACCCCCACAUUCUCAUCACUCAUCUGCUCUUCUUCCUCUUCCUCCUCCUUCCUCGUCACCUCUGCUACCACCACAAACACUUCCGACAUAACCACUGAAACCGCAACCAAGUUCGAAGUCCUAGCGACCCAUCUGAUCAACCAAGAUUUCAGGAAAGCAGACGAAGAAACUAGGAGGCUUCUCAUUCAGAUAGCAGGAGAAGCAGCCAUAAAACGCGGCUACGUCUUCUUCUCCGAGGUGAAGUCCAUCUCCGUUGAAGAUCUUCAAGCUAUCGACAACCUGUGGACCAAACACAGCGAUGGGAGGUUCGGAUACAGCGUGCAACGCAAAAUCUGGUUGAAAGUCAAGAAAGACUUCACGAGGUUCUUCAUUAAAGUUGAGUGGAUGAAGCUUCUUGACACAGAGGUGGUUCAGUACAACUACAGAGCUUUCCCUGACGAGUUCAAGUGGGAGCUUAACGAUGAAACGCCUCUUGGACACUUACCGUUAACAAACGCCUUGAGAGGAACGCAGCUUCUGAAAUGCGUUUUGAGCCAUCCUGCGUUUGAGAUAGAUGGUGAUGAUGAUAAUGAAGAAGGAGAAGAAGCUGAGAGCAGAGGUGGUGGUGGUAAAGCACAGACAAAAGAUACAAGAGUGUUUAAAACAGAUUACAGCUUUUGAUGUCUUUGAUUUUCAUUUGGAUUAUGAUUAUGAAUGUAUGAACAGUCAUUUAGUUAAUGAAUAUAAACCAAAAGUCUUUCUUGGUU